UGCGGCCGCGCGGGGGCGGGAGCCAGGUGGCCUCGGCGCGCCCGCCUCGCCCGGCACCGAGCAGGAAGUGGCUGCGUCGCGGCCCGGGCGCGGCUUCCUCGCGGGGCAGCCAGGCCGGGAGGCGGCCACGGCCCGAGCCCGAGCACCGGGAGCGAGACCAAAUGGCGGGCCCCGGGGACGCCGCCUCGGCCGCCCUGGACGAGCUGUCCCUGAACUUCACGUACUGGGUGCCGGGCGCCGGCAACGGCUCCCUGUCGGGCGCGUGGUACCGCAGGAACCAGAUUCACCUUUUGGGAGUUUUGCUGGCCAUUUUAGGAAACUUGAUAAUCAGCAUUUCCCUAAAUAUUCAGAAAUAUUCUCAUCUUCAGCUGGCCCAACAAGAGCACCCGAGGCCAUACUUCAAGAGCGUGCUGUGGUGGGCUGGAAUCCUACUGAUGGCCGUGGGAGAGACGGGGAACUUCGCAGCCUAUGGAUUUGCCCCCAUUACUCUCAUCGCCCCGUUAGGCUGCAUGUCUGUUACAGGUAGUGCCAUUAUUUCUGUUACAUUUCUGAAAGAAAAUUUGAGAGCCUCAGAUUUACUAGGUACGACAUUGGCAUUUGCAGGAACAUAUUUGUUGGUGAACUUUGCUCCAAAUAUAACUCAGGCCAUCUCGGCAAGAACAGUACAGUAUUACUUUGUUGGCUGGCAGUUCCUGAUCUAUGUGAUUUUAGAAAUAUUAAUUUUCUGCAGUCUUCUAUACUGCUAUAAAAGAAAAGGAAUGAAGCACAUAGUGAUUCUGCUAACCAUGGUGGCGCUUCUAGCCUCAUUGACUGUUAUUUCAGUAAAAGCCGUCUCAGGCAUGAUCACUUUUUCUGUGACGGAUAAAAUGCAACUAACUUAUCCCAUCUUCUAUAUCAUGUUUAUCAUCAUGAUAGCAUCUUGUGUUUUCCAAGUCAAGUUCCUGAAUCAAGCCACAAAACUCUACAAUACAACGAUGGUGGUGCCAGUUAACCAUAUUUUCUUUACAACCAGUGCCAUUAUUGCAGGUAUCAUAUUUUAUCAGGAAUUCCUUGGUGCCGCUUUUCUCACUGUAUUUAUAUAUCUUUUUGGGUGUUUUCUGUCAUUCCUUGGCGUGUUUUUGGUCACAAGAAAUCGAGAAAAGGAACAUCUGCAACAGUCUUAUAUUGAUUUUGGAAAUAUUCCUGGGAAACAAAUGUUGGACAAAAUACAACCAGACUCAAAUAGCUUAUCCUAUGGAACUUUGCCUGAUGGAAGCGACUCAACAAAGAGCCAAAGUGGAGAGAAGAAAGAGGUUUAAAAUGCCGAGAGGGAUGGCUGUUGGCCUGUUACUCGAUACCACCUCUUUAAAAAAUUGCACAUGUUCCAUUUGUGUCAGCAGCUAUUUUAUGCUGACAUGCGCUAGCGUUCCUCUCAGUCCUUCCCCCGCCACCUCAAUGUCUGUGGACAGUCAGGCCUUCCUAAGCUUUGACAGCCUGAUGCUGCCGUGGAAUGCAAUCUGAAGUGUGCCCACAGCCUGGACCUGUCCCUAGUGAUCAUUUCACCGGCUAGAUCUUAAUUAGAGCCCGGCCGCUCAAGCAGGAAUGUUGCACAAAAAUGUACAUUCGCCAUUUGGUCACAGAAUACAUAGGCUGCUUCUCCCACGUGCCUUGUGGUUGCGUGGCUUUAAAGAGACACUUUAGCCCCGCAGCCUCGUUCCCGAAAGAAAGGCUUGAGUUCAUUUUUUUCUAGGACAACUUUUAUGAACCUCCCCAUAAAAAUCUCACCUUUCUAGUCCUAAAUUAAAAUAGCAAGUCAUCUUUUCUGAAAACUUGUGCUAUUAAAACCCUCCUUCGAAAAUUAAGGGUUUCUUUAACAUUUAUAAAUGGCAUUUCUAUGAUGGUGUAUACCAAAACUAAAAGACGUGGCUGGUGGACUUGUUAACUGUAAGAAAGAGAAAAUUUAAGAAUUAGAACUGUGCUCACUUCAGUAGCACAUACGCUAAAAUUGAAACCAUGCAGAGAAAAUUAGCAUGGCCCCUGCACAAGGGUGACACAUAAAUUCAUGAAGCAUUUGGGGGAAAAAAGCAUUAAGACCAAUGUUUAUUUUUUAAUAAAAAUAUAGAAUAGUGA